AUGGAUCUGUGCCUUUUGUUCGACAUCCGCGUUCAUUGGAUCCCGUGUUUGUCCGCAAGGAAUUUCAGACCAGUGCUUCACGUACCACCGACAGUACCUUUGCACCUGGUAGGGGAAAGAAGCUGCGCGUCACACUUGUUUCAGCUCUCAGAGUUCGGCGUGCAAGCCGAAGAUUCGCGAGAGCGGGAAACGGGUCACAAUCCCCCCGAGUGCUUUCCCGAGGACUUGGUGUCGCGGGCCCGCGUGUCCCGGGUUCCCAGUUUUUGCCCAGUGUCCGGUGCGCGUGCGCAGUGCGCGAGUAUGUGCAGUGACUGA